GUUUGUGAGAGAUAGAGAGACUGUCUGAGAGAGGGGGGAGAGAGAGUGUGCGUGUGAGAGGGAAAGCGUGUGUGUGUGUGUGUGUGUGUGUGUGUGUGUGUGUGUGUAAGAGAGAGACUGGGAGAGGGAGAGAAAGAGAGGGAGAUUGUGUGAGAGCGAGAGAGGGACAGAGAGAGAGAGUGAGAGAGAGAGAGAGUGUGUGUGUGAGAGAGAGGGAGAGAGAGAGUGUGUAUGUGCGUGUGAGAGGGAAAGAGUGUGUGUGUGUGUGUGUGUGUGUGUGUGUUUGUGGAGAGGCACAGUCAGUUGUGAUAACAGCAGCGGUGGGAGGGGGAUGAGUCUGUAGCACCGCCCCCUUCUACCUCAGAUAUAAAUAGGAGCAGCAUUUUUUUCCCCUGCUCAUUUCUCAUGAAGGAUGAGAUCCCUGAAACAUCUGAAACACCACACCAGGACCAAUGUGGAGGAGGAGGACGGCGGGCGUCUUGUCGGAUGCUACCCUAAGCUGAUGGAGGGUCAGGCGGAUGCCGGCACGCAGACCGAGCCGGUGGUGGUGCUGUCCCUGGCCCAGGCCGCCGUGCUGGGCCUCAUCUCCCAGAACGAGGUGUUCGGAGCCACCAUCGCCCCCAACGGCUUCUACACGGGGGAGGCGCGGGACAGCCUCCCCGGCCCGGGCGAGGAUGUGAAGUACGAGUACGCCAGCCAGCUCAUCGGCGCCAACGGCGACUACCUGGGCGAGGGCCUGGAGGACGAGGAGGAGGGAGAGGAGGGUGGGGAGCGGAGGCGAGCGGGGCCCCUGGGGCGGGGCCGGAAGGGGGAGGCGAAGGAGCCGGCGGAGAGGGCCUCGCCGGCCGAGGGGCUCGGGAGAGUCGGCCACGGCUCCUGUGCCCAUCUCCACAGCAACCCGCCCCUGGGAGAGGGGCCCUAUAGCGUGGCCCUCAAGCAGGAGCAGCCCCCGCACGGCUGCCCCGACUGCGAACGGGAGGCCCGCGCCCAGGAGGGGCGGGGCCAGGGCGCGGAGGGGCAGGAAGGGGAGGGCGCGGAGGUGGCGGGCAGCCCGCUCAGGCCCGAGGAGGGCGGCGACAGCCCCGAAAUGAGCCGCUACUUCGAGUCCAGCGAGGUGGGCUACGAGUCCGGGGAGGCGGCCGGGCCGACGGACUACGAGGAGGGCGGGGCCGCGCUGCUGUGGGGGGACGGCGGGGGGGUCGGGGCCGGCGCGGACGGGCCGCUAGUCGGCCGGCGGACGCAGCAGAUCGACCGCCUCGACAUCAACGUUCAGAUCGACGAGUCGUACUGCGUGGACGUGGGCGAGGGCCUCCGGCGCUGGAAGUGCCGCAUGUGCGAGAAGUCCUACACCUCCAAGUACAACCUGGUCACCCACAUCCUGGGCCACAACGGCAUCAAGCCGCACGAGUGCCCCCGCUGCGGCAAGCUCUUCAAGCAGCCCAGCCACCUGCAGACGCACCUGCUCACGCACCAGGGCACCCGGCCGCACAAGUGCGCCGUCUGCAAGAAGGCCUUCACCCAGACCAGCCACCUGAAGCGCCACAUGCUGCAGCACACCGACGUCAAGCCCUACAGCUGCCGCUUCUGCCGCCGCGGCUUCGCCUACCCAAGCGAGCUGCGGGCGCACGAGACCAAGCACGAGAGCGGCCGCUGCCACGUGUGUCCGCAGUGCGGCAUGGAGCUGCCCAGCCUGGCGCACCUCAAGCGCCACCAGACCACGCACCAGGGCCCCUCGGCCUUCCAGUGCCCCGAGUGCGCCAAGUCCUUCGCCUACCGCAGCCAGCUGCAGAACCACCUGAUGAAGCACCAGAACGUGCGGCCCUACGUCUGCUCGGCCUGCGGCAUGGAGUUCGUCCAGAUCCACCACCUCAAGCAGCACGCGCUCACGCACAAGGGGAUGAAAGAGUUCAAAUGUGACGUGUGCGCACGGGAGUUCACCCUGUCGGCCAACCUGAAGAGGCACAUGCUGAUCCACACCAGCGUCCGGCCCUACCAGUGCCACGUCUGCUUCAAGACCUUCGUCCAGAAGCAGACCCUGAAGACCCACAUGAUCGUCCACCUGCCCGUCAAGCCCUUCAAGUGCAAGGUGUGUGGAAAGUCCUUCAACCGGAUGUACAAUCUCCUGGGGCACAUGCACCUGCACGCGGGCAGCAAGCCCUUCAAGUGUCCGUACUGCUCCAGCAAGUUCAACCUGAAGGGCAACCUGAGCCGUCACAUGAAGGUCAAGCACGGCAUCGCCGACCUGUCGCUGGAAGGCCACGCCGAGGAAGCCUCGCAGCGGCCCGCCCUCGCCUACGGGACGAGACGUUAGCCCCGGGCAUCGACUCGCCGAGCCUCCCGAAGGCCCCGGCCCCACUCUCGACGGCCUGAUUCCCAAUCAGGUCGUCUAAUCCAAUUCCGGUUUGAACUAGCUGAACCCCUCCCCCCCCUCUGUCGCCGCCACAGCUGAUGGGUGAUGGGUGAUGAACAACAUGGCUGCCAUGAGCCUCCCAGGUCGAACACUACAGUGGUGGAUGUUGAGAUGACUCACCCAAGCUUCCCGCCACAAAUCCAAUGUAAAAUGAUAAAGGUCUGAGAUCCUUGAAGACAAUGGAAGGCUGUAUAUAUAACGUGUAGUUUUCUAUUGGCUCUGCCUGCCCUUCAUCCAUAAUUUCAGCUAUACCCGUCCUUCCUGUUUGUCACUGUGAGGAACGUUCGCCUCAGUUCUCCGCCAGCAGUGUUCUGUGUGCAGUCUAUCGUUGGAUUAGGGACGGCUGUCUUUGUCCUCAGAGAGAGAGAGAGGGAGGGGAGGGAGUGUG